AUGGUGAUGGCACACACCACACCCCUCCACUGUUUAUGGCAUCCCUUCUAUCUCCUAUGUGUGAUUCUUCUCUGUGCAACCCCCUCUCUCUUAAUUGAUGUUCACCCACAAGACAAGGCCUCUCUUCUUCUGUUAAAGUCAAGGCUGCAAGACCCGUACCAGAGUUUGUCCAACUGGGCAGGCUCCAACUGCACUUCAUGGAGUGGAAUCACCUGUGACAACAGAACUGGGAGGGUGCUUUCCAUCAACCUAACUAGUAUGAACUUGUCAGGCCAAAUCCGCCCCAGUUUGUGCCAGCUUUCAUACCUCAGCAAGGUGGGGUUGUCCCACAACAACUUCACUUCCCUUCUUCCCGAAUGUUUUGGAAAUUUGCUUAACCUAAGAGCCAUUGAUCUCAGCUACAACAGGUUUCAUGGUGGGAUACCAGACACUUUCAUGAGGCUCAGACACCUUACUGAGCUUGUUUUGAGUGGGAACCCUGGUUUGGGGGGUCCACUGCCUGCAUGGAUUGGAAACUUCUCUACAAAUCUUGAAAGGCUACAUCUUGGUGUCUGUUCAUUCAGAGGGGGCAUACCUGAGAGCUUGCUUCACUUGAAGUCCCUCAAGUAUUUGGACCUUGAGAACAAUCUCUUGUCUGGUACACUGGUUGGUUUUCAGCAGCCUUUGGUUUUGCUCAAUCUUGCUUCCAAUCAGUUUGCUGGUACUUUGCCUUGCUUUUCAGCUUCAGUUCAGUCUCUAACUGUGUUGAAUUUGUCUAACAAUUCUAUUGUGGGGGGACUGCCUGCUUGUAUUGCUUCCUUGCAAGCUUUGACUCAUUUGAACCUGUCGGGCAACCAUUUAAAGUAUAGAAUAUAUCCCAGGCUUGUGUUUUCUGAGAAACUUCUUGUUUUGGACUUGAGUUAUAAUGAUUUUUCUGGUCCUAUUCCCAGUAAAAUUGCUGAGACUACCGAUAAAUUUGGCCUUGUUCUUCUUGACCUUUCUCACAAUCAAUUCUCUGGUGAAAUUCCUGUGAAAAUUACUGAGUUGAAAAGUUUGCAGGCCUUGUUUCUCUCUCACAAUCUUCUCUCUGGAGAAAUUCCUGCCAGAAUUGGAAAUUUGACUUAUCUUCAGGUCAUUGAUCUCUCACACAACUCUUUAUCUGGUGCCAUUCCAUUUAGCAUUGUUGGGUGCUUUCAGCUGUAUGCUCUAAUAUUGAAUAACAAUAAUCUUUCGGGUGUAAUUCAACCGGAGUUUGAUGCAUUGGAUAUCUUGAGGAUACUGGAUAUAAGCAGCAACAGGUUUUCCGGGGCUAUCCCACUCACUCUAGCUGGAUGUAAAUCUCUGGAGAUUGUAGAUUUUAGUUCCAAUGAGCUUUCGGGAUCCUUGAAUGACGCCAUAACCAAAUGGUCAAACCUCAGGUAUUUGUCUCUUGCUCAGAACAAGUUCAGUGGAAAUUUGCCUAAUUGGUUGUUCACAUUUGACGCAAUAGAAACAAUGGAUUUCUCACAUAACAAGUUUUCGGGCUUCAUCCCUGAUAUUAAUUUUAAGGGUAGCUUAAUAUUUAACACCAGGAAUGUCACUGUUAAAGAGCCACUGGUUGCACCAAGAAAUGUUCAACUGAGAGUUUCAGCUGUUGUUUCUGAUAACAAUCAACUCAGUUUUACUUAUGAUCUAUUCUCAAUGGUUGGAAUCGAUCUAUCCAGCAACUUGCUCCACGGAGAGAUUCCAAGGGGCUUAUUUGGUCUCGUUGGCCUAGAAUAUCUGAAUUUGUCAUGCAACUUUCUCUAUGGACAGCUUCCAGGUUUGCAGAAAAUGCAGAAUUUGAAAGCCUUAGAUUUGUCACAUAAUUCCUUGUCAGGACAUAUCCCAGGAAACAUUUCUAGCCUACAAGAUCUGUCCAUUUUGAAUCUGUCUUACAAUUGUUUUUCGGGGUAUGUUCCCCAGAAGCAAGGAUAUGGGAGAUUUCCCGGCGCAUUUGCUGGAAAUCCGGAUCUUUGCAUGGAAUCUUCCAGUGGAGUAUGUGAUGAUGGAAGGACUCAGUCUGUGCAAGGAAGUUCUUUCAGGGAAGAUAGGAUGGAGGGACCAAUAUCUCUGGGGAUUUUCUUUAUCAGUGCUUUUGUUAGUUUUGAUUUUGGUGUUGUUGUUCUCUUCUGUUCAGCAAGGGCAAGAAAUUACAUUCUUCAAACAAAAGUUUGA